AUUAACAAAGUCAAAAGAGCUGUUGAGAAUUACUAGAACUCUUCGAAGAAACGAACUCGCACGAUCUCCCUUUUCCCCCACCCUCCCAACUUUUCCUAUAAACCUCACCCCGGAAGAUCUCUCCCCUCACAAACCAACCAGUCCUCCAACCGCCCGAAACCACGAGUCCACGAGUCACCAUGGCGAGCAAGCAGGGUCUCCUCCUCGCGCUCCUCGCCGCCUCCGUCGCCGUCGGCUGCCUCCUCCCCGCCGCCUCUGCCGCCACCAGCGUAGAGUACUGCAAUAAGGGCAAGAACUACCCCGUGAAGGUGAGCGGGGUGGAGAUCGUGCCAGAUCCGGUCGUCCCCGGCCAGCUCGCCACCUUCAAUAUCUCCGCUUUCACAGAUAAAACCAUCGAGAAGGGGAAGCUGGUUAUUGAUGUUAAAUAUUGGAUCUUCCACGUCCACUCUGAAACUCACGACAUCUGUGGGGAGACUACCUGUCCAGCAAGUGGUAAAUUUGUGCUAGCUCAUCAGCAGACCUUACCAUCAUUCACUCCACCGGGUUCUUACACCAUCACCAUGACGAUGCUUGGGGACAACGACAAGGAACUGAGCUGCAUCUCGUUCGGGUUCAGCAUCGGGUUUGUCGCCUCCAGCUGAAUGCAUCUCGGCUGAGCGCUAGAGGUGUCCCAUGGAUGUAUUUACAAACCACUUUCUAUCCUAGUACUGGGCUCUAUGUACACUGGUGGGUGAUGUAAACUUGUGUUCAAUUAAGACAUUUUAUCCAGAGUUGAACAUCACAAUAAAAGAAAAUCUGGUGUUAUGAAAUGAAA